AUGGCCAACGUCUUUAACGUUCAAAUCUUCUUUAUUGUUUUUAGAGAAUCUUUAGAAGCAGUUAUUGUUGUUUCUGUCUUGUUAGCCUUCUUAAAACAAGGUUUAGGUGGUGCCAGUCAAGACCCAGUAAUCUAUAAGAAAUUACUCCGUCAAGUCUGGUUAGGUGCAGGAUUAGGUGUUUUAACCUGUCUUAUUAUUGGUGGUGCUUUCAUUGGUGCUUUCUACGGUUUAGGUAAUGAUAUCUGGGGUAAGUCGGAAGAAUUAUGGGAAGGUAUCUUCUCCAUAAUCGCUACAGUCUUGAUUUCGUUAAUGGGUAUUCCAAUGUUAAGAAUCAAUAAAAUGAAGGAAAAAUGGAGAGUUAAAUUGGCUCAAGCUUUAGUUAAAAAGCCAAAGAAUAAGAAGGAUAGGUUCAAUCUUGGUCACCUUUCCAAGAAAUAUGCUUUAUUCAUUUUGCCAUUUAUCACUACUUUAAGAGAAGGUUUAGAAGCUGUUGUUUUCGUUGGUGGUGUUGGUUUAAAUCAACCUGCUUCUUCUUUCCCACUUCCUGUUAUUGUAGGUAUCAUUUGUGGUAUUUCCGUUGGUGGUCUUUUGUAUUACUUUGGUUCCAGUCUUUCCAUGCAAAUUUUCUUGAUCAUCUCUACCUGUAUCCUUUAUUUAAUUGCGGCAGGCUUGUUUUCAAGAGGUGUUUGGUAUUUCGAAGCUAACCAAUACAACCGUGCUACUGGUGGUGAUGCUUCUGAAAAUGGUUCUGGUCCAGGUACUUAUGAUAUCGCUAAAUCAGUUUGGCACGUUAACUGUUGUAACCCAGAAACUGAUCAUGGUUGGGAUAUUUUCAAUGCCUUAUUGGGAUGGCAAAAUUCUGCUACUUAUGGUUCUGUUAUUUCUUACAAUGUCUAUUGGAUUGUUAUUAUGUCUGUGAUCUUGAUGAUGCUUUAUGAAGAAAGAACUGGUCACAUACCAUUUGCUAAGAACUUAACUCUCCGUCAAUUAAAUCCAAUGUAUCAUAUUAAAGGAAAGAAGAAGUUGGAAUUAUCUGCUGCUGAAAAAGAAGAAUUAUUUGAAAAGGUUAAACAACAAAAAUUUGAUGUUGCAGUCAACCGCAGACCUUCUGAAGAUGAAGAUCACCUUAUGGAAACUAAAUAA